GUAUUUGCUUUGCAUUCUACGGAACGGUGCGCUUUGUCGGAAUCAAAUCCUUUUUCCUCAUCCCUAACUGGGGAUACUCCCAAAAAACAAAUUAGAGCCCGAAAAUGGCGUCUCUCUGCCUCUCACUUCACCAAACCCUAAGUCCCAUUAGAGCAAUACCCAUCGCCAACCCAACCCUCUCCUUUCCCAGAUCGAAUGUCGCAUUCAUCCGCCCCUCGACCCGACGGGCCACCGCAGCGGCACCACCACGCGCCUCCUACAAUCCGACGCCGGCGACGGAGCGCGUGAUCUCAAUCGCUUCGUACGCGCUUCCCUUCUUCAACUCCCUCCAGUACGGGCGGUUCCUCUUUGUGCAGUACCCUCGAUUGGGUCUCCUCUUCGACCCUCUCGUCCCGAUCCUCAACCUCUACAGAUCGGUGCCGUACGCGAGCUUCGUGGCGUUCUUCGGGCUGUACCUCGGGGUGGUGAGGAACACGCGCUUCAGCAGGUACGUGAGGUUCAACGCGAUGCAGGCGGUGACCUUGGACGUGUUACUGGCUGUUCCGGUGCUCUUGACCCGGAUUCUGGAUCUGGGUCGGGGCGGGUUUGGGGUCCGGGCCGUGAUAUGGGGCCACAAUGCGGUGUUUGUGUUUAGUUGUCUGUGUUUUGUGUACGGGGUAUUGAGCUGUAUCGUCGGAAAGACUCCGUAUUUGCCCUUAGUUGCCGACGCCGCCGGUAGACAGCUCUAGCUAGUUGUUCUUCUUCCCUUCUGGAUUAAUUUCUAAUGGAUGUUUUCUAUCUAUAGUUACUGCAAUUUGCAAAGCAUUGUAUGAGUAUAUACGCAUGGCCAUCAUCGUUAUCCAAGUUUCCAUC